AUGUAUCGUAAUGAAUUUGAGAAGAGUUCAAUUUUACAGAAACUAAACAACGAUGAUGACGAUGAAGGGGUUCGUUCACUGAGGCCGUUACCCACCAAUUCAUAUUCAGUUAUCAACAACGUUGAAAUUGAGAAUAUCGGUAGUAUGCCUAUUUUUAAGGGAGAUUUACGACAGUUACCAGUAAAGGUGCAACGAUUUGUGAUCGAAAAGGCAUAUUUGAUGCGUCCUCGCGGAAUAUAUAUAUGUGACGGUUCGAGUCGUGAGGCUGAUGAGAUCGUUUCGAAAUUAGUUGAUUGUGGCACAUUCUCGGUUUUAACUGCUUAUGAAAACAAUUACAUUUGCAGAACCAAUCAAAUGGUAUUAUUAUUGUUGUUGCCAUCAUUAUUGACUUUAAACAGUGGAUAUUAUAAUAUGAUUCUUUUAAUUUCAACUGAUUUCUCGUCAAAUGGCAAGGAGCACGCUGGCUAG